GCCAGCCCUAAACCCGCAAUGCAACGGCUAUUUUCUCUUCUCGUGUCCUCCUCGGCGUACUAGCCGUUGCGGUGCGGCGGCCUUCCCCUUCCCUCCUCCUCCUCCUACAAAUAAUCCUCAGUGACCGAUCCCUAAACCCCCACAGAGCAAGCGACUCUUCUCUCUCCCUCUCCUCGCCUCCCCACGCCGAUCUCGAGCGCUUGGGCAGACGAGACCUCGCUUGUUAAAGCUCUCGAAUUUCUCGCUGUUGAUCCGCUUGUUUAAUUAUUCUAUCUUCUUCGCGUAUUAGUUCGUGUUCGAUUAUACUAACCUGCAAUUAAUCCGUUCUUUUAUUUACUAUUUCUGCUAUUGGUAUUACUGUUUGUGCUUGUUCCGUUCUGUUGCUGCUAACCAUGGACGCAGGCUCCCACUCGAUCUCCUCGGAGAAGAGCCGAGCCGCGGCGCCGCGGCCGCCGCUGCAGGAGGCCGGCUCCCGGCCCUACAUGCCGUCACUGAGCACGGGAUCGCGCAACCCGUCGGCCAAGUGCUAUGGCGACAGGUUCAUCCCGGACAGGUCGGCGAUGGACAUGGACAUGGCACACUACCUGCUCACGGAGCCCAAGAAGGACAAGGAGAACGCGGCGGCCGUGGCGGCGUCCCCGUCCAAGGAGGCGUACCGCAGGCUGCUCGCCGAGAAGCUUCUCAACAACCGGACGCGGAUCCUCGCCUUCAGGAAUAAGCCGCCGGAGCCCGAGAAUGUCUCUACCGACGCGGCUUCCUCCCACCUGCAGGCCAGGCCGGCCAAGCAGCGGCGCCACAUUCCCCAGUCUGCGGAGAGGACUCUGGACGCUCCGGACCUCGUUGAUGACUACUACCUCAACCUGCUCGACUGGGGGAGCAACAAUGUGCUGUCCAUUGCGCUCGGCGACACGGUGUACCUGUGGGACGCCUCGAGCGGAUCCACGUCUGAGCUUGUGACUGUUGACGAGGACAACGGUCCCAUCACCAGCGUCAGCUGGGCUCCCGACGGUCGGCACAUCGCCGUUGGGCUCAACUCUUCCGAUGUCCAGCUCUGGGACACCAGCUCGAACCGACUGUUGAGAACUCUCAGAGGUGUGCAUGAGGCAAGAGUUGGCUCACUCGCAUGGAACAACAGCAUCCUGACGACCGGCAGCAUGGACGGCAAGAUCGUGAACAAUGACGUGAGGAUUAGGAACCAUGCCGUGCAGACGUACGAGGGACACAGCCAGGAGGUGUGUGGGCUCAAGUGGUCUGGGUCGGGUCAGCAACUGGCUAGCGGGGGCAACGACAACCUUCUGCACAUUUGGGAUGUGUCAAUGGCGUCCUCCGUCCCAUCUGCUGGCCGCAACCAGUGGCUGCACAGGCUCGAGGACCACAUGGCCGCUGUGAAGGCGCUCGCUUGGUGCCCGUUCCAGAGCAACUUGUUGGCGACUGGCGGUGGUGGCAGUGAUCGGUGUAUCAAGUUCUGGAACACACACACCGGUGCAUGCCUGAACUCUGUUGACACCGGAUCACAGGUCUGCGCUCUUCUCUGGAACAAGAAUGAGAGAGAGCUGCUGAGUUCACACGGAUUCACACAGAACCAGCUGACUUUGUGGAAGUACCCAUCAAUGGUGAAGAUGGCUGAACUCACUGGCCAUACCUCUCGUGUCCUUUUCAUGGCUCAGAGCCCUGAUGGUUGCACGGUAGCAUCAGCUGCUGCGGAUGAGACUCUCCGGUUCUGGAACGUGUUUGGAACCCCAGAAACGCCCAAGCCUGCAGCCAAGGCUUCCUACACUGGGAUGUUCAACAGCUUCAACCAUAUCCGAUAGGAUGGAUUAUGAAAAUGAGAACAAGCUCUUCAAUUGGAUAUGGUCCUAUAGACAGCUUAUACUAGAUCAACUGUCAUUGGCUAAGCAGGCGGCGUCAUAGACAGCUUUUGCUAUUGAUUGAGAUGCUUUUGGGUUGAUUUUUACCAUUCCAGAUGAGAUCUACCUACCUUGGCUAAGCAGGCGGCGUGAGGGAGCAAUGCAAAUGCAUAGUAUUUCGGUAUUGCCAAUUGCUCGAAGGAAAGUCAGAAAUCAAUGACACAAUAUCUGCAACGUUACAAGCACCAGAACAGCGAAUGCAGAGAGCCACAGAGAUUGAAAUGCAGAGUUGCCAACUUCAGAUAAGAUACGGGCACCAGAACCGUGAAAUGCAGAGAGCCACAGAGAUUGAAGUGCAGAGUUGCCAACUUCAGAUGAGAUACACUGCGGCCUAGCUAUGAUGGCAAUUUGUUACUUAUCCUGUAUGCUGUUCAUUAAAACUGUUCGAUGUACAUCAAAGUACAAUGUUUUGUCCCAUUUGAAUGCAACAUCAAGAGGCCAGUUUGAUGUGGCAGUUAUUGUAAAUCAACACAACCACUCGUUUGAUAAUUUAUAAUGGAAUAUUUGUCCUCUUUUUCCUUAAA